AUGAAGGUGGAUAAGGAGGAGGCAUUGUCCAGUACUCAGGAAAAAGAAUCAACAGAACUUGUUCUGAUCAUUGAUGACCUGUCUGAGAGGCUGGAAAAGAGAGAAGCACAGCUUUUAACUGUUAGUAAAGAAAAGGCAAGACUAGAAGAAACAUGUGACAACCUUUCAGAUGAGCUCAUCAGGCUAAAAGAAGAAAAUAGUGGUGGCAUUUCUUCACUCAGAGAAGAGUUUACACAACGAAUAGCAGAGUCUGAAAGGAAGGCACAACUAGCAUGCAAAGAAAGAGAUACCAUUAAAAAGGAACUAAUGAUUAUGAAAGAAGAGCUUUCUACAAGAUUAAACUCCAAUGAGACUGCUGAAUUGAUGAAAGAGAAGGAUGAACAGAUCGUUGGCUUGAUGUUAGAAGGAGAAAAAUUAUCAAAGCAACAACUGCAGAAUUCUAACAUUAUCAAGAAAUUGAGAGCAAAGGAAAAAGAGAAUGAAACGCUUAUUGCCAAACAAGCAAAGAGAAUCAAGGAGCUGGAGGAAGAACAGCAGCAUCUGCAGCAGGUGCUUGAUGGCAAAGAAGAAGUUGAGAAGCAACAUCGUGAAAACAUUAAGAAAUUGUCAGCAGUCAUUGAAAAGCAAGAGAAGGAUCUUAGUAAACUUCAGACUGAUAUGGAUGAACUUUAUGAGAAGAACCGUAGUCUGCAGUCUGCCUUGGAUAAUGCCUAUAAAGAACUUGCUGAAUUGCACAAGGCUAAUGCAACAAAGGAUAGUGAAGCUCAGGAGGCAGCUUUAAGUCAUGAAAUGAAAGCAAAGGAAGAACUUUGUUUUGCACUUGAGAGAGUUCAGCAGGAAGCACAACAGAAGCAGGAUGUUUUAGCAACUCAGAUAACUGAUCUGAGGUUGACUCUUCAACGUGCUGAACAACAACAGGCCAGAAAAGAAGAUUACCUACGCCAGGAGAUUAGUGAACUGCAGCAGAGACUUCAGGAAGCUGAAAAUCGGAAUCAGGAGUUAAGUCAGAGUGUUACAUCUGCAACAAGACCACUUUUGCGACAAAUAGAAAAUUUGCAGGCAACACUUGGGGCACAGACAUCAUCUUGGGAAAAACUGGAAAAGAAUCUAACUGAUAGACUAGCUGAUGCCCAGGCACAAUUAGCAGCAUCUGUGGAGAAGGAACGGGCAGCUACUGAAGAGCUUCUUUCCAUAAAAACCCAGUUUUCUGCAAUGGACUCUCAAAACACAAUCUUGCGCCAAGAAAAGAGUCGUCUACAGGCUCAGCUUGAAGCAGAAAGAUGCAAACAAGAAAAGUUGGAGGAUGAAAGAAAUCGCUAUCAUGUGGACCUGGAGAAUCUGAGGAGCGAUUACACCAGAUCCCUUGAAGAAACAAAGAAGGAAAAGAUGCUUUUAUUAAGUCAGCUGGAAAUGGAGAAGAUGAAGGUUGAACAAGAAAAGAAGAAAGCAUUUCUUGCACAAGAAGCACUAAGAGAAAAGGAGCGCAAAAUCUUCAGUAAUUCCACCACUGAGCCAGGAACUAGUACUCCAUCCUUGUCCCGAUCGAGCUCUGUCAGUGGAAUUGAAAUGGCAAGUUUUCAGACGGCCAUGUUUUCACAGAUCCAGGAUGAUCUCCAUGAAAACUCAUUUGGUUCCAUGACAGUGUCUGCAAGUGGAAGUAAUCUAUAUGAUGCAGUCAGGAUGGGACCUGCUCCUAGCAUUAUUGAAAAUUUACAGUCGCAAGUUAAACUGAAGGAAGGAGAGAUUGCUCAGUUACAGCUUGAAAUUGCAAGUCUUGAAAGAACUCGAGCAAUAAUGGCUGAAGAGUUGGUUAAACUAACAAAUCAAAAUGAUGAGCUUGAAAAUAAAGUAAAAGAGAUUCCUGGAUUACGCAGGCAGCUAAGGGACCUAGACCAGAAGCUCAACACAAUCCUACAGAUGUAUGGAGAAAAAGCAGAAGAGGCAGAAGAGCUUCGGCUUGACUUGGAAGAUGUAAAAAACAUGUACAAGUCCCAGAUCGAUGAACUCCUGAAACAGAGGAUCAGCUGAUUAUUUUUCUUUAAUUCACCAGCAUUAAAAUACAGUGCUGCUCAAGAAGUGUUCUGACUUCUUUGCUGGCUGCAUUCCCAGAAAUCCUUUACUCUCAAAUUUUCUUCUUUCAGAAUUUCGAACUGUUCCAAGAUUUUUUUAACAAAUUAUUAUAAAUACUGUAAGAAGUAUGUGCAAUAUUCAUACUGUUUAUAUAAACAGUUUAUGCAUCUGCUAUAAUUACAUCUGAAACAUAGUUUUAUAAACCUUGAAACAUGCUGUUGUCAGCAUUCUUUUUCAGGUACUAUGUUAGUUACUCAUAAAAGCUUCACGUGAAACUAAAUCCACUGUAACAAGGAUUAUUAUGAAUCUCUACUUGAAUACUGCCUGUUGGUAUAUUUAUGGCACCAGACAGAGCAAUUUUGUCAUUACUUAUGCUGAAUGUUUUUUUUUUUUUUUUUUUUUUUACAAGUAGCUGUAGCCAGUAUACAUGCAGUUGUUUAACGUGGUGUACAACUUGUAUUAAUGCAUAAUUGUCUCUGUUUUCUUAGUAUCUGGUUGGAUCAUAGAGACAAAUUUGUGGAAAGUCUUUUGACACCUGUAUUUUCCCUGGCCAGUGACAAACUGAUUUGCAUUUGGAGGGGGGUGGGGGACUGGGCUUUGGGUGGGGGACUAGGCUUUAGUUAGUGUAAAGAAUGCAUGCAGGAACACCCUAGCCUCCUUGGAUAUAAAUCACAGAUUCUUUAGCCUGCUUCUUGAAGAAGCAGCAAGUUUUGCAGGCCCUGAAUCAGUACUAAGUUUUAAAUUGUGUUUGCUGUGAAGUUUUUGAAGUAAAGUAAUUUCCCUGAGUGGUGGAUGAGAAUAUUUUCAAACAUCUGUAUUAAUUCUGAGCAAAGAUAUAUGUUGAAAAAACAUAGUCACUGAUUGAGCAGAAGGAGCUCUGCACUUAGUGGUUUAUACAAAAGUAAGUUUGAUUUUUUUCUAGUUUAUGAUUAUUUCCAUGGGAUUGUAAAUGGUCAAGUCACUACUCACAUGUUGUGAUUUGCUGAAAAUAAGUUUCUGUUUUUAAGAAGAUGGUUGCAAAUCAGUUCUUUACCUGCAAGGGUCAGUCUCAGAAGGCUAUACCCUCCAAUAGUGGUUCCAAGAAACUCACACCAUGGCACCAUGAAGGUCAGAAGAAUUUCCAAAUACUUUUCAGUCACUGUUUAGGAUGGUGCUUUUACCUGACCCUUUCAUUAUCCUUGCACUUCACUUUUAAGAGCAUCUGUAUUGCACCAGCCUGUUAUUGUUUGUUGCCAUUCCAACAACACCUUUGGAUGGGGACAGGAAUACCUUGUUACCAAACUACAGUUUUUUUGAGACUCGUUAUUGAAUUGGGCUUUGCAGUCACAUUACUAAGUAGGAUUUCUGUCAUAUUCUCCAGUUCCAGCCCAUUGUAAGAGCAUUCAUGUCCUGACCAUAUGAAAGCCUGUUUAUGCAGACUCAUACUGAAACUCUGUUAGUUGAGCAGUCCUUUGAAAGUCGUGAACUUUACAAUGGUGAUCCUUGUGUCAGUCUUUCUCAUUCUCUUUCAGGGACUAAUGGUGGCAGCACAGGGUUUAAAAGAUGUUUACUGGCGUGCCCUUUAUCUGGCCACACAGAUGGGUCCUGAGUGCAGAGUAGACAAACAAGAAUUUCAGUUUGCAGUUUUGCUGUUUGUUCUAGCCGUUGCUUCAAGGAUGUUCCCUUAGUGCCUGGCUGUUUGCAUGGUGGCACAAGGAAUGAAGAGAAUGCAGAUUUGUCCUGUUUGGUGAAUCUCUGAUUCAAAAAUAAUCCACUUUCCAUUUAAUGGACAGUCUAUUUGUGGUGACUCAAUUUGUAGCCUUUUUUGCCUUAAUACGUGAUGGUACAAUGUACAGUUUUGUUACUCUGAAGAAAAGGUAUUUUCUAGGAGGAGUUAUGGAUUCUUCAUGACAGAAAGUCUUUCUGACCUAGUGAACAGUGUAGGACAUGUUCUCCUUUUAGUAAUGGAUUUUAUCCAGUGCAAGCUUAAUUUGAGAACACGUCUGAUACUUUUGUCCUGUAUGUUAGCCAGCAUUGUGUUUGCUCAGCAUGCCAGAUGUCAUAUGAGGAAAUUGCAGCAGUACUUGUAGAACCAGCAGCUUCCAUUGCUUAUGACGUUAGUAAAAAUAUUAAAAUGUUUGAUGGAUAGUUCUCCUAAAUUCAAGAAAAUCCUUUCUGCCACAACAGCUAACCAGGAUCCUGACAUAAGAUGCUUUGGACGUCAGCUGAAGUGCACAUUUGAAGAGCCUGAUAGUUCAAGGAGUUGGUCUGUGCUGGAAGUAAGGAUGCACUUUUACCUUAAAAAAAUGUUAAUGGUUUGGCUGGCAUUCUUUUUAUUCAGAAGUGGAUAUAGCUGUAAGUGUUGCAGAUCAACAUUGCUGACUCAGUGGUAAUGAGAACAUAAGCAAGUUAGCAUUAGAGCUUAUCACUGUUCUAGGUGAGGUAUUCAAGUAUCGACUUUAAUAUUAUCCUUGGGCUUUCAGUCAUGAACAGUUCACCUUGUGGCAUGUACUCUUAACUUAAGUGGUCCAUCUCAUUUAUGAACAGUAUCUUCAUCCUCAAGUCAUUUAGGAAUUCACGUAAACUUUGAGACAGAGAGAGAGAGACCUGUUACCAAAAUACUCAGAUGCUCAUGUUUUGCACCUGGAGUCAUAAUGAUUUGUAAAAAUGUGCGGGAAAAAAAAAAAGCGGUCACACACCAUUUCUUUCCAUGUCCAUUCAGGAAAGAGCUUCUGUUUUAUCAACAAGUCAGAGUGCUGCAUCAGUCAUUGGAGUAAUAUCACAACUUGAAUGUGGGAGAUGUAAUUCCUAAUAGAAAUUUGUUUGGUCCUCAAAUUUUAGAUGUUCUCCAUGUAGUGAGGAGAGCUUCCAUGCAGAAAUUGUAUUUGUCUAAAUGGAAAAUGUUUUCUCAUUGGUGUGAAUGAUGUGACGUAAGACUGCUCCAAGUACAAUUGUAUAAUUUCCUAGAGUAUUUCCCUCAUUUAAACUCUAAGGGCUUGAUUUGUUCAGCCAGUGAAGUGCAUUGUUCUGCUUUGUCAACAUGUCUUCCGUGGGAUCCCCUUGUAGCUUCCACAUUUAUAUCGAAGAUAUUUCUCUGAAGGGCAUUGUAUUUGAAACCUUUGAAGAAGCCACUGAGUCCCGUUUUGUGGCACUUGAAUUUUGUCUUAGAAACAUUGAUGAACCCUCAGUGUGAGCCAGUACAACAAUGUCUUUUUUGGAAGUUUAAUUAAAAGGGUGGUAGCACUUCAUAAUCUUGUGCUUAUAACCUUGUACAGUUUUUCUUAGUGUUUCUUCCUACUAACCCUUCUUUUAUGUCCAAGAUCAUGUCAGACAUUACCUUAAAUGAACAACUCCCACUCCCUUCCUUCAGCUGUCAUCCAUAGAAUGCAGUGGACUGGAUUCUUCAUAGGAUGGAUCUUACAGGGUAAAUAUUUGUGUACAUUACCAGGACCAAAGGAUCCAGGUAGUCGCACCAGAUGUUGGCUCUGUUUGUACUAAACCAAUCAGCAGCCCCAGUAGGAAAGAAAACUGGUUCCAGUAGGAUUGCUGGUUGCAGAGACUUUAGUAUAAUUUUGUGGGUCAGUCUUUCUAUUAACCCAUCACGGCCCAUUCUACAAGAGAUGCAGUCGUGGCUACCAGUGUUUUUUUCAGAGGACUCUGUUCUGCUACUUGGUAAGUAGUGAAAUGAUCAACAUUCCACUCAAGGUGAGAGGUAGUUUUCCUGUGAUAAUUGUCCAGUGGAUGCUUGCUAAUGCUGCCACAUAGCAUUUAGAUACAUAGCGUGGCAUUCUAACCAAACAAGACACUUUGAGUAGAGACAAGUACAUGUUAUGGUACAAAUCUUUGAAGAAUUCAUCAUCACAGUGGAUUCCUUCUCUUCAUGUUCCCUUCUUUCUUACUUUCUUUAUCCAAGUGUUCUGUGUUGAUAGCACUGGAGCUAUGCCAGAGACAAAGUGUCUGUUAUUGAAUGUGUAUAUUCAUUGUCAGCCUUUGUUUGGCGCAUGUGCACACACACACACACACACACAUAGUAGUGUAGUGCAUUUGUCUUGUGUCAAAAGAAAUCUUAACUACUGGAAAACAGUAUGAUGGCUGACUCAGAUGAAUAGAAUUUUUAUGGACUUAUUUUACUUGUGAUCAGCCAGUAUGGCAGUACAUUGAAUUAGGCUUUUGCCUAGAAAAGGGCCUUAAAGCUGGAAGACUAAGCAUGGUGGAUGGCUGCAGUGUUGUAUACUUUAUAUCAUUAUCAGUGUCAGUUAAGAAAACAGUCCAUAUAUGUAUACUACUAGAACCUGCUGUCAUCCAUUGUAUUUAUAUGAUGCUGUCCAGAUAGAAACAACUUUUAUGUGUACCAGUGUAAGAUGAAGAGGUGGUACAGAGUCACCUGUAAUAACUUUGGAUGAUGGGACACUUGUGGGAGAUCUUGUGAUAUUUAUUUUAUUUUUUGGUAAUAAUUUAGGGAAGCAUGGAUUAUUGCUUGAGUUCUGAAUCUGGAGAAUCUGUUAUCCUAAAGUCUUUCCUGUUUGCACUGAUAGUCACUGCAAACUCACUGGACUCAGUCUUUUUACUGCUAAGGGAAGAAAGAAAGUGGAGUCACCAGACUUAUCACAUAAUGAGCUGCAUAACCUAAUCAGAUACUGUGAAUUCAGUCAUCUAUUCUUGUAUUGAGCACCACACUACACAACUGUGCUUUCUUCACUCGUUAAUUUAAUAAGUUAUUUUAGAGUAAAGGUUUUAGUUUUUAUAUUUAAUCACAAUGCCUAACCAGUUUUAGUCUUUUAGCUUUAACAGGUGAAUUUCCAUUUCAUCACAUUAUCAUCAGCUGCACUAAUUUUUUUUUACCUGUAAAUUUACUUCCAUAUUUGCUACUUUUGUAAAGUGGUCAUCAAACAAAGUUUAUUUGGAACAUUCUUUGCUGCCAUACCACAAGGUUCUACCAGAAUGAGCACAUUUUUAAAAAAUGAAUUUGCUUGAUCAAGUUUCAUGAUGGACUUGUACCUUGUGCUACCUGUUUUACAGCAAACUAGUAACAAAAAUCUACUUUAAUACAUGAGCUUCUCAGCAAUGUAGUUUACAAAAGUGUGAAAAACUUGACCAUUUUUAUAGAGUUCUGGAAGGAUGUGUACAAAUCAAACUUGCAUUUUGCUGUAUGCAUAUAAUUAACAGAACUGUAAAUUCAGAUUUUUCUUUAACUGUAAAUUAUAUGUAAAUAGGAUCAUCUGGAAAAAAGUAUAUGGGUGGGUAAAAUAAAACUCUGAUAAUGUU